UUGAUGAAAAUCGGUUUUAGUACUUAAAAUAACAUUUCUAUUUUUCUAUAUUAAAUUGAAUCAGCAAAACUGUAAGUUGACACAGUUUAUAACUUAAUAAAAUAAAUAAACAAUUAACAAAAAAGAGAGAAUCUUCCGUUUCGCUAUUCUCAGACCAAACCUCCCAGGUAAUAGCAAAGUGCCAGGCUGUAAUCUAGCAACAGCAUAACAUAACUCAUAAAACUCAAAACUGUUCCAUUCAUCCAACGCUCUACACGACGUGCCGUGCAACCAACAACGUUGGCGACACGCCAAAACAACAAAAUGUCGUUUUUUUCUGUUAUCUUCUUCAACGCCAUACCAUGAAACCCCAACCUAUAAUCCUUUCAUCUUCUCUUCUCCAACAUCGAAACCAAGACGAUGCGUAACUUCAACCCUUCCAGCAGUACUACUCUUUCUCCCUCUAAUUAAUACGUCUCGUAUAAACCAUACCGCACGUACGUAUUCGUAACUAUACGUAGAUGUCUUCCCAUUGGUGUCACCGGUGCAACAAAUUUGUGAGAGCAUGGAGACAAGAAAUAAUGCCGGUUUGUCCCGAUUGCGACAGCGGAUUCGUCGAAGAGAUCCAACCUUCGAACCGCUCCGUCCACCACGUGGAAACCCGCCGCCGUAGGUUCCCGACGGGGACGGCAAUGUACAUGAUCGGCCACAGUUCUAAUAACUCCGACUACAACCCCCGUUCCUCUCGCCGUCAUCAUUGCCGGUACGUUACCAGCCACCGGUCACCGCUUAAUCCGGUCAUCAUGCUCCAGAGCGAGGGAACAAGCCGGGACCGUGGCUCCGGCUUCGACCUUUUCUUCGACGACGGAGCCGGUUCCGGUCUCCGACCACUCCCUCCGAGGAUGUCGGAGUUUCUCCUCGGAACAGGGUUUGACCGUGUCAUGGACCAGCUUUCCCAGGUGGAAUCGAACUCCGGCAUGGGAAGUAACGACCAGCAUAACCACGCGCCGGCGUCGAAGUCCGCCGUGGAGUUGCUCCCGUCGAUCGAGAUCGACGAGACUCACACGGCGACUGAAUCGCACUGUGCGGUUUGCAAGGAGCCCUUCGAGCUUUCCACCAUGGCAAAGGAAAUGCCAUGCAAACACAUAUACCACGCGGAAUGCAUCUUACCGUGGCUAGCAAUUAAAAACUCGUGCCCCGUGUGCCGGCACGAGUUGCCGUGCGAGAAUGUCGCACGUGCGAGAUUGGAGCGCGUGGAAGAGGAGGAGGAGGAAGAGAACAACAACAAUGUGGGAUUAACGAUUUUGAGGUUACCCGGUGGAGGGUUUGCCGUGGGGAGAUUAGGAAGAAGAGAGGGUGAGAGAGAGGUUAACGUGCCUCUUGUGUACACGGAAGUGGAUGGUGGGUUCAACUUCAACAACGUUGUUGUGGGUGAACCGAGGAGGGUUUCGUGGUCGGUGUCGGAGUCUAGAGGGAGCAGAAGAGGUGGCGCGUUUAGGAGAAUGUUUAACGGUUUGUUUAGUUGCUUGAGAGGUGGUGGAGUUGGCCCUAAUCGUUCUUCUAACACUUCGAGAACUACGGUGAUGAGGAGUAAUAGUUUUAGGGCUUCUUCUCGUCCUAAUAACGUGGGUCCCUCUCCACCUUCUUCGCGUAGGACUUGGUCAAUGGAUGUCAACGAGGGAACCAGACCAUGGUAAUAAUUAUAUGUAACAUCAUUUGGUAUAUGUAUGGAUAAUGUUUUCGGAUAGUUUGUAAUUAAUGAUCUGAAGCGCCUUCAUCAUGUGUUGUUCUCGUAUAUGCUUUUUUCUUACUUGUCAUUUGUAAAUUAAGUUUGAUUAGCUUCAGUGUUUGUCUUGCAAA